AUUAUAAGUAUCAUUCAUGGCUGCGGUGAUGUCAGAAAGGUUCCCUGUUAGACUAAUAUGAGUAGGUACAAAGAAAUCAGGUAAAACCUCAUUAAUCAAACGAUAUAUGAGUUGAUAUGAGGACUUCAACUCUUCCUCCAAAGACCUCAAGAACAGUAGCACAGUUAAUGAGAGAGCUUAUCUCAAAAAUUAUCAUCUUCCAAAUGGCAUUAUAAUCGAGCUCGACAUCUGGGAUACUUAUGAAGAUAUUCUUAGUCUCUCUUCUCUUUUUUCUCGUAACGCAAAAGGAUGCUUCAUUGUGUGCGAUCUCUCGGACCCAGACUCUUUUUCAGAAAUCUCCUCUUGGGCUUCAACAGUUCGCUCCAAACGUCCCAAAGCCCACGAUGAUUUUCCCAUUUAUUUAAUUGGUAACAAGAGCGAUCUCCUCACAGAAUCUGAAUUAAAGAAAAUGAAGAAGCAAAUAUAGCUAAAGAGUGAACCAAGCAUGAACUCACAGAUGGGUUCUUGACAAGCUGUGUGGAAGGAGUUAAUGUGAAGGAACCUUUUAAGAAAUUUGUAGAGUACUUGGGACAGACAGGCAUGCUGGCGGAGAGUAGGGAUUGAAUGAGUCUGAAGUUGAGUAAGGAUACAAGGAAGGAGAUGAGAAGGAGGAAGGGAAAGAAAAAGUGUAAUUGUUAGACAGGAGGUUACGAAUGGUUAAAAUAUCCCUUAGAGUUAGAAUAGGAUUGUC